AUGAAGCCCAGCGACUUCGUUCAACGCGGUUUCCGCUGGUUAUUCCUUUUGGCGGGGAUCGCCCUUAUUCAGGGCAUCACAUCUAAAAGUCCAAUAUACUCAAUCGAAGAAGAAUGGGAAACCUUUAAUGAACACUUAAGAAAUCCAGCUUAUCGACUGCCCACAUCCACUAAGCCCCACCACUACGUAUUAACUUUAGAACCCUAUUUUGAGAAUGCGCCUGACGGUCAAAAUAACUUCACCUUUAAUGGUAAUGUGAAUAUAAAUCUGGAAGUCACUGAAGAAGAUGUCACUGAAAUUGUUUUACACUGCAAAGAUAUGACUAUCCACGAAGCCAGUGUAGAAACAGAGGAUGCGGAAGGGCUUUCUUGGAGUAGUAGAGAUUCUCCAGAUACUGAAGCUUUAUUUUGUGAUCCUGUUUAUGAUUUCUUGAGGAUAAAUCCAUCUAUACCAUUACUUCAAGGUCGAAAUUAUACAGCAACUGUGAAAUUUACUGGUAAUAUUCAGACUGGCAUGUCAGGAUUUUACAGAAGCUUCUACAAUGACACUUCUGGAAGAAGAUGGAUGGGCACAACGCAGUUCCAACCUGGUAAUGCUCGUUUAGCAUUCCCCUGUUACGAUGAACCUGGGUUUAAAUCAUCGUUCGACAUUACUAUCGUUAGAGAUCCGGAUUUCAAGCCAACUUUGUCUAAUACUCCUAUAAAGCAAACUGAUACAAGCACGUAUCCGGGUAAAGUAGCUGAAACUUUUUACACAACUCCAUACACGUCCACAUAUUUACUAGCUUUUAUAGUAUCACAUUACGAAAGGAUUGCUAGUAAUAAUGAUGAGGAUAGACCAUUUCAUAUAUACGCACGAGACAACGCAGGCACUACUGGGGAUUGGUCUCUCGAGAUCGGUUUGAAACUCCUCGAUGCGAUGGAAGAAUUCACCGACAUAAACUAUUAUGACAUGGCGUACAAACUUGAUAUGAAACAAGCCGCUAUUCCCGACUUCUCAGCCGGGGCUAUGGAAAACUGGGGUCUUUUGACUUACAGAGAAGCAUUAAUAUUAUAUGAUCCUCUAAACUCAAAUCACUUCUACAAGCAGCGUGUCGCCAACAUUGUAUCUCAUGAAGUCACCCACAUGUGGUUUGGAAACCUUGUCACUUGUGCUUGGUGGGAUAAUCUGUGGUUGAACGAAGGUUUUGCUAGACAUUACCAAUACUAUCUAACUGGACAUGUAGAGAAAGACCUCGGAUACGACACGAGAUUUAUCGUGGAGCAAUUGCACCAGGCUUUGUUUUCUGAUUCCGACGACAAUACUGCCCACCCUCUAACCAAUCCAACCGUGAAUAGUCCUUCGUCUGUCAGCAGCCAUUUCUCUACAAUAACAUAUGCGAAGGGGGCUUGCAUACUUCGCAUGACACGACACUUAAUGGGAGAGGAACCCUUUAGAGACGGUCUAAGAUUAUACCUAAAGAGAAGGGCAUUCGAUGUAGCUGAACCUCAUGAUCUUUUUAACGCUUUAGACGAAGUAGCCGUCAAUACACGUAUUUUGGAUGCUUACAAUGGCAUAACAAUUGAGAAAUACUUCGAAACUUGGACUCUAAAGGCCGGUUAUCCUUUGUUGACUGUUACGAUUGACCAACGCACUGGAACUAUGAUUGUUACUCAGGCACGUUGGGAAAGAGAAUCGGGCAUUAGUAGAUUCCCAAGCAAUUGGCAUGUCCCAAUAACUUGGACAAGAGGUGGAGAUGUGGAUUUUAAAGAUUUGAAGCCUUCGCAAAUCAUCACCAAUCAGGCCAAUAUCAUCGAGAGAGGCACAAGUGGUUUAGAGUGGGUCAUCUUCAAUAAGCAACAGGCUGGUUUCUAUAGAGUAACAUACGAUGAUACCAACUGGGCACUGAUUACACGGGCGUUACGAUCAGACGAAAGACUUAAAAUUCACGAAUACAAUCGUGCUAUGAUUGUGGAUGACGUUUUCGCACUAGCCAGAGCGGGAAGGAUGCGGUAUGAGAGAGCAUGGAAUAUUCUCUCUUUCCUAGAAUACGAAGAUGAAUAUGCCCCUUGGAUUGCCGCUAUCAGUGGAUUCAACUUUUUGAUUAGAAGACUAGCAAGCGAACCGGACGAUUUAAAUGACCUAUAUAGAGUCAUCAACGAACUCAGUGAAGCUGUUGUUGAACGUCUUGGAUACGAGGAGCCGAAUGAUGGCGAAUACAUGGAUGACUUGCUGCGGAUGUACGUCAUGAGGUUCCUGUGUAACACUGGACAAGACGGGUGUAUAAAUGCGGCUAAAACAAAAUUCGCUGCGUGGAUACAGGGUGAAUUUCACAUCCCCGCAAAUUUGCGUCCGUGGGUAUACUGUGUUGGCUUAAGAACUGGUACUGCUGAAGAUUUUGAUCUCUUCUGGGAACGGUACAUUGAAGAAGACCUUGCAAGCGAGAAGGCGGUUAUGAUAGAAAAUGCAGGAUGUACCACUGAUCAAGAUAGCUUGGAGAAGUUCCUGUUUGCCAUCGUCAGUGGUAAUGAUGACAUUAGACCUCAAGAUUAUACAACUGCCUACAACAGCGCAGUCACCGGAAACGAAAUCAACACUCUAAGAGUUUUUGAAUGGCUCAAACAAAAUUACGAGGCUGUUGAUGAAACAUUUGGAAGCUUACAGACACCAUUGAAUUCAAUUGCUAACCGUCUUUUAACACAAGAGGAUAUAGCUGAGUUCGAGACGUGGCUAGAUGACAAUAGAGAAAUCAUUAGAGAAUCAGUAUACAAUAACGUGAAGAGAACGGUAGAGACUACAAGGUCUAAUUUGGCAUGGACCGCGCGAAGACUUCCGGAGUUCACGCAAUUCUUUGAACACGGUUUCGUUGAAGAUAAUCUAGAUGAUAUACUGACUAGCGGGGAAGUGAGCGGGGAAGUGAGCGGCGAAACGACAAGUAGCCCUGAACAGAGCGGAGAAUCCAGUAAUAGUGAUGAAAGCUCUGAUGUCAGCGACGAAAAAGAUUCAGCUAACAUUGCAGUUUUAAGUACGACCACACUCGCUGUUACUAUUAUGAUCAGUAUGUUAGCUUAA